AUGGACGAUGAAGAGCUCGAUUACGAUGGCUUUGAGGAAGAAUUCGCAGCGGACGAGUUAAUUGCACUUGUGGAUACUGCAGAUGCGGCGGCGCAGCAUCAUCUAGCGGGCAACAUACCUGGAGAACCUCAUGCCGAGUCUGUCGUGCUUCAGCCGCCGUCGAAACUUCUUCGGAAUCCGGUGAGCUUUGGCGAUACAGAUACGCAGAACCUCGACGCAUCGGUCUUGGGUGACGGCGGCGAGCCAUUUCUAGGCGAUGAACAGCACAUCGGGCUUGAGGAUGGAGGGAAUAUCAGUCGCAUUCUCCUUGAAACGGAAUUGGCGCAAGCCCGAAGUACAGAGGUUCCCAUGCAGAUGUCAGCGCUCCUCGGUAACGACGCAUCGGGGGAUAGGGUGUAUCCACUCAGUGAAGGGGACAAACGCAGGCUCUACACCGAUGAUGAGACGAUGGACGUGGAAGCGAUGAUGGAGCACAUUGAGCAGCUCACUAGAGAACGCGAACAGCUUAUUCAAGAGCUGACUUCUGCGAAGUCUGCCGCUGACACACGCGCAGGGGAGAUUGCGAUCAUACGAGCGAAUCAGAUGAAAUUGGAACAGAGCCAUAAUCGCCAGAUGGGUGCCUUGCGGAGUGCGUUGGACGAGGAAGUUAAAAAGCAUCAAUCUGAGAUACAGGCCGCUAUGAUGGAAAGCAAGCGCAUUGCAACCGAGAAUCAGUUCCUCAAACAAGAUUUAAGGGAAGAGUCGAUCAAGCUCAAUGGACUGCACCAGAGCCGAAAGGCAAAGGCCAAAGCCGAUGAUGCUGCGCCAAUGACACCCAGCAAAUCAAGGAUGCUCCCACUGCGAGACGGGUUCGACGACGAUGAGAUCAUGGCGUCUCCAAGCAAGUCAGCGGGGAGAAGAUCAAAGCGAGGGACGCCAUCGGCACCGGGCAAGCGAAAACGGGGUGCAGCUGAUGAUUCGCCUGUUGUUCGUCCUCUUGAACUAAGCCAGUCCUUUGAGUCGAAUCUUUUAGAUACCAGCGGGAACCUAGACCACAUGGAUAUCGAGAUACGAUCGGAAAACCCGCCCCCGGAAGAUCGUAAUAUCCAGUUUAUUCGAAAAGUCCUUAACCAUAGGUGCCGGCUAGAAAGCCCUCGUGAUUUGGAAGUCUUUGCUACCAUCUCGUUUCCUCUUGAGCCCAAUAAGAUGUUUUCCUCGUUCAUCUUGGAAGCGAUGGCACGACCAUCAGAAAACUAUCCGUUAGAGUACGCAAACGCCAUCCUCUCGCUGUGGUCCCGGGCGCUUAAAGAGCAGUUUUACCGACCGGUGUCCAUGUUCAUGUCAAUUAUUGAAUUCAUUCUCAACUUAGACACUACCACGGUUGCUCCUCUCCUUGUGUCACAGCUGGUUCCGGUUCUCCAGAGUUCUGGAUUUGUUAACGCGGUGCCGAGGUUUACAAAUUCACCAGUCUCACACCUGAACUACGGACAGGUGAAACGGACACCUCAGACGGAUCUGCAUCCCCAGGUAAAUGGUACAGCGGCGCUGGAGCUCCUAUACCUCGCUGCCAGCGGAUGCUGCCAUGACGAUAGAGCUCUCCGUCAAUUCUGGCGGUCAGUCAAUUACGACUUCAUCCUCAUCAUGUUAAACGCAUAUCAGCCUAUCAAAGAAAUCAUCCUCGUCCUUAACCUCCUUUCCUAUAGCAUCUUCCCCACCAACUUUGGCCCCAUUCUGCCAACUGAAGCGGAGCAGAUUGCAAACGAGAAUUAUAUCAUUGACCGUAUCGCUAACCUACUCCAUGAACAACCCUCCGCCGACGAGGGAGAACCACCUUACACAACACAGCAAAUUAUCACCUUGCGCAUAGAGGCCAUGUCCUUUCUGCUUGAAAUAGCCUUCUCCUCCCCUUCGUCAGACCCGGAACGCAACCACGCCGGUAGUCUACUCGCCACCCACCCCAGCGCCCUCGCCCGAGUGUUCCGCGCGAUGCACGACGAACUCGACGCGCUCUACUCCCACCCGCCAGAACGAGAGUUACACGCCUCCUUGGUGAACGGGCUCACGCGCCUGGCGUACGGGAUCAUCACGACGUUUCCGGACAAGGUCGACCUGCCGUCAAAGCUGCGCGCGGUGCCGGGGGCGGUGCAGAAGCAUUUGGUGGUGUUGACGAGGUUGGCGUUUAGUGACGGGCCGUUGUUGGAGAGUGGGAUUACGGAUGAUACAGUUGAAAUGGCUCAUGAGAUGUUGGAGGACGCGGUGAAUCCGCAGGAGGCAGAGGCGCUGUUGGAGGCGUUUCGAUCGUCGAAGGGGGAGGAGUGA